AUGCUUCAUCGGAAUUUGCCACAGCUGUCCCUGAAAAUCACCUCCUUUACCGAUGCCACGUUGGUGGCAAUUACCGCGCCACAUGUAUCAUGGGACUACUUUGGCAUACUUGCGCUUAUGCAGAGCGUUCAGCUCUUGCUAGCUGAGAGAGAGAACGAAAUCCCACAAAUGCUCGGAGCCCGUAACGAUAUAUUGGACGACCUAGCAAAUCAAUAUCCCACUCCCGGCUUGUCCACUAACCCGUCAUUACGGGACGGCAGCAUGCCAGCGCCGGCUCCGACGGACCGGAGUCUCGAGGAGUCUUUGGAAGAGCGCACGAUCUUUCUCCCCAGACGCGUCGUGUCAAACCUUCGGACCCAGGUACAAGACGAAGGCAGGGCCGAGUAUCGAUGUCCCAACGACGAGGAGUUGUUAUUGGCAUGGGUAAUUCAGCAAGUGGCCAAGGCACAGGACUACCCGUUGCUCUUCUUGCGAUCUGCCGAGCAGGCGCUGCUGCUGCUACAGGAACAGGUUUACAAGGCUUGGCGCAACCACAAGGUGCUCAGCCUGAUCAGUUUUGACGUCCCGGGCGCCUAUAAUGGAGUUUGCAAGGAAAUACUGCUCGAGAGGAUGAAAUCGAGAGGGAUACCAGCCGAACUGGUAAGAUGGAUAGAUGCUUUUUGUUCUGAGCGAACAGCCUCAUUGGUAGUCAGUGGGUACACAUCGGAACAACGGGAGCUGCCUCAGGCAGGCCUCCCUCAAGGAUCACCGCUGUCACCGAUUUUGUUCCUCUUCUUCAACGCGGACCUAGUCCAGAGAAGAAUCAAGGCGGAAAGCGGCUCGAUUGCAUUCAUAGACGAUUACUCGGCCUGGGUAACCGGGCCCACCGCGGAAGCGAACCGAGAAGGUAUUCAAGCGGCCAUUAACGAUGCGCUCAAGUGGGAGGCACGCAGCGGUGCGACUUUUGAAGCAGACAAGAUGACGAUCAUUCAUUUCACGCGAGCCACCGUGCGUAACAGCAAUAGGCCGUUUCUGAUCAGAGGCCAAGAGGUCCAACCCAAGGAGAGUGCCAAGAUUCUGGGAGUGAUCAUGGCACAGGGUAUUCCGGUCGACUUGGCCGGUGAAGAGGAGAAGGAGGAGGCUGGCGAGAUGGAAAGGUGGCGAUGCUCAACAUCUGAUUCUUCCUGUAGCUGA